UCUUAUCUUUGUACGUAGGCGUUUCGGAAGCGCUAGGAAACGCGUCGGGCGGAGUGGAAUUUAAAGCAAAUAAUUAACGUUAGCUCGCAGGGAAGUGUUGAAACUACAGCAAGGUGGACUGAUACACCGUCUCUGAAUAUGAGUAUAGCUGACGGGGGAUUUUGAAUGUGUGUUCGUGUGUAACUAAUAACUAUAAUGUCAGAGAUAAAGCCGUGUAAAGUGUGCAACUUCACCCGUCAGAAAUACUACGGAGUGGUGGUGGUUUCACUGAGCCAGCUCAAGGCAAAGGGUAUUCAAGCCCUGGGCUACAGCUCCGACACAACGGUGUCUGUGGUGCUUGACGAUGAUGGAACCAUUGUUGAAGACAACACCUACUUCUUGUGUCUUCCCCCGAACACCAAAUUCAUGUUCUUGCAAGAUAAAGAGAUGUGGAAGCCUGCAAAGCGAUUUGACGGAGGCACGGCAUGGCUCAGGCAGUCUUUUGACAUGGGCAGAGACACAGUAGACAGCGCACACGGCAGUGUAGAUCCCUGGCGCGGUUUGGCUGACCAGCUGCGUCAGGACCUGGCCAGCAUCAUUCUUAUGUCUGAGGCUGAUCUAGAGAGUCUGGUGGCUGUACCCUGCGCAGUCCUGGCCUCAGCGCUCGGUUUUCCAGAACAGAAAACCCGGCAUUUACAGGAUACCCUGCAGAGAGUGCUAGACCGCAGAGAAGAGGAGCGGCAGUCCAAAGAGCUGCUGAAGCUCUAUCUGAAGGUUGCGGAUAAAGAGCGCAGACAGGAUUUGCAACAAGGUGAAACAGCACUGGAUGUGGUGGAUAGCACUGAAGUGGACUCAGCUGUAGGGUUUAACUCUAGGACACUUCUGGUUCUGAAGAGCAAAACAAGUCCUGAAACGAGACUCUCCAACGAGGAACUGCAGAUGGUGCUUAAACAGGGAGUGGAGACAAUGAUGGGCGAGCUGGGCUGGGACAGAGACAGGACUGCCGUGUUACUACAAGCCUGUGAGGAAGAACUGAGUAGACGUCUGCAGCAGGUCCAAGCCAUGCAGUCACUCAGCGCUCACUCGCAGUGCAGCAAUUCCACCUCCACAACACGGCUACAGAAAGAGGAGACCGGAGCUAAACGUAGAAAAUAACCCAAGCAGGGUUUUUCCUUGCUGGAGAUACACUCCUUUAUUCAGGGUCAUAUUGUUUUAAGUCUAAUUCUAGUCAUUUUGAUACUCCAGAAAUGUUCUGAUGCAAGUCCUGGCUGAUUGUAUAUCAUUUUUGACAUCAUAUGUGUAUUGGUUUAUUAUCUUGUUCGACAAACUUCUCACAUGAAUUAGGUUUGAUUUCUGUUUAGGUCAAAGCUGUUCAAAGUCACGUGUUACCCGCAAAAAAAAAGUGACAUGAUGAGAGCACUACUAAAUUCCUCUAAUUUGAAGCACAUAGAAAAUGCCUUUUAUGACUAAGACUUACAAACAAAGUGAAAGAGUUUUAUUAUAACUGUGACGUUUUAUAUAUCUGCUUUACCACAAUGCUGACAGUUUUAUAUAAUGAGCCAUUAUAACAAUUGAUGGGAUGCUUUUUACAUAAUUAAAACAUACCUCUAUUUCAAUGUGUUUCAUGUGAAUUCUUCAGUAUCAUUGUACCGAGUGCAGAAUUAGUUGAAAAGCUGGACAAGUCCUCUCAGAAUGAUAUCCUUUGAGGCACAACAUCACCAAGACUCCAAGGGAGAAUAAAAAAAUAACAGGUGUUAAAGGUGACCUAAUUAAGUAUUGAUUCCGCCGAACCUCAUUAGUUACAACUGUACCAAACGACUUUCUGAGUAAUUUGCAAUAUACUGUGUCUCACAGCAAUAUGAUGUCAUUGCUAUGAGUCUGUGUUUAAUCACAGCAACUUUUGAGUCUGGAAGCGUGAGACCAUGAGAGCACUGGAGGCUGGACAUCAGAGAUUUCGAACAAAUCAUAUGUGAAAAUUCGAUUCGUCGUCUUUAACGUUGCAUAUCUGCAUACUAACGUCAGGUGUCUUGGAUUUAUGCAUAAUGUUGGUUAUUAAAGGUGACCUGCGACUUGCAAUGUGGCACUCCACAAGCUUUAUAGCUGAUCAUAAAGUUCUGAUUUUUUUUUUUUUAAAUAAAGGUACACAACCUCUAAUACUGUUUUACUGUCACUUGGAAAUUUUGUGAUUCUGGAAAAUACUUGAGUAUAGCUGGAGUAUUGUCCUGUAUGUGUGGCAGCCUGGAGAACCCUUUACAUGGUGAAAUUUCAUUCUUCUGUGUUUAGAAAGAUCAGAAAACUCUAGGCUUUCGUGAACUGAAAUGCGUUUUUCGUUCGCAUGCAACCAUAGGUAAUGCAUUUUCUAUUCACCCACAAGUGAAAAAGGAGAAAAUUGCUUUUCAGGUUUCAUUCCGACUGGAUGAGGAGCACCACAGACGUUUUGACAGCCGGUUAUGUGAUUACAAACUGAGCUGAUUAGGCUUUUGCCCAUUUCACUUCACUUGAUUCAGGCUUUAUGUCCUGCAUCUUGAUCAAAGCCUGACAUCCACUGUGUGAAGAAAUCAUGUUCGGAUGCCAACAUGGUCUUUGUAGAAUGAUAGGAAAAAUGAAAUAAAAUAUAUCAACAUCAUUGUUAAUUAAAAAGGUUUUUUUAAAAAGGUUUCCCAGACCACCACACAUAUUCAAACCAUUGCUCAUGAAGAAAUGCAUUAGACUUGGAAAUGCAUGGCAUUAAAUUUAGAUUUUCACAGAAGGCACUGAAAUGCAACAUGAGCUUCAUCUCCUUUCUCCCCAUAACACACAAAAUCCAAUUUAUCACCACCGAGCCAAUGAUAUCUGACUGACAUUUCUCGUUUUGCUGAGGAAUUUAAACCUAGAUGGACACAAACAUCUAAAAACAUUUAAUAAACUAUUCAUGAAAUAAGCCAUGUGUCUCUGUUGUGUGCCGUUUUGAAUUCAAGUCUCAAUCCUCUUCAUAUUUCAUUUCAUAUCUCUGUCUAAGAAGGUCUUUGAUUUAUACAAUCAAAAGAUUUUACAAGAAUUUGCACAAAGCCGGACUUAGCUUGUUAGAGCGCCUGGAUUCACGUGUAUGGAUUCACCCUAGAUGCUAAUAAUGCAGAACACUUUGUGUGUAAUGAAGGAAAUGUUUGUUUUUUUUUUUCCUCGGUGGACAGCUACACUGGUUGAGUGGAACAGUCUUGUUAAAAGCACUGAGGUCGCUCCCGAGGACGUGGCUCCGCCUUACAGUGUAAUGAGCACAGAGUGGUGUUGGAGAAGAGCUUGACCAGUAUGCUUGACGACACGCAUGAAAACAGCCCAGUGACCCUGAAACCGGCACAAUUUCUUGACAUGAACUCUUAGUCAUGAGUCUACGUGUGAAAUGCAGCAUGCUGCUAUAUUGAUUAAGGAUUUAAUGUACGGGUGUUCUGUAUGCAGCAUCACAGCCUUGAACGAGGACUGUGAAUGGGGUGUAGUUCCGGUGGCAUAAGUCUUCCUGUCUUAAAAGCUUUAAUAGCCGGCUGGAACUCAGUUCUCCAGCG